AUGUAUGGAGUUCGGCGGAUUUGCGAGCCGUAUCCAGUUCUGUUUGUACGAAAAUCGAUAAAAAAACAUCAAAUUGAUAAAAGGAUAAAAGAGAGAGCAACAAAUGAUUUGACAUCGUCAUCAUCGAAUAAUGAUUAUGCGCGUCGAACAAAUUAUUCAUUAUGCACUGAUUCGAAUCAUUCGUCUUAUUAUUCAAUGAUUCCCACAAUAUCAACGAUUGACUCGUCAGAGACAAUGCCAAUUAAAUACGUGGAUAGUGGAUUUUCAGAAACGACGACUUAUGAUAACGAUACAACAAUUGCAUCAGAAAAUAUCUUAGAACAUAUAUUGUACUUUGAACAAAUGUAUUAUGAGCAAUUGAAAGAAAAUAUCACAAAAUAUUCUCGACCACUUCGACGUUAUUUAUCACAACAACAAAUACUCGAUUUAUUUCAAAAUAUUGAAAAAAUCUCAGCUAUUACCGAAUCUCUUGUACGUCAUUGCGAAAAAUUACUCAGUAAUACUGAAUCUAUUUCUAUCUCGACAGUCUAUAAAUCAUGGUUAAACAUAUUGAAUGAUUCAUAUCGUUCGUAUAUUCACCAUUUUUCACAAGCAUAUGCAACACUUGAAAAAUUUCAAAAGAAAAUAUCCAAUGUUUUACAAUUAUCAAUUAAUUAUGUAUUUCAUUCAAUUGAACAAUUUAUUAAAUUACCAUUAGAACAUUUGUAUCAAAUGAAUUAUCUUUUACAUCGUCUGUUCAUAAAGAGUGAUAAUAAAAAUAAUGAUAUUGACAUACAUUGUUUAGAAGUUAUAAAAUUAUUAGCAGCACAAGCAUCUCAAAUUUUAUCAUUUAAUAAUAAUUCAACAAUUUAUACACAAACAGAAUAUCAAACAACUGAUCAGGAUUCUACUCUUCAAACAAACGAAAAUAAAUUUGUCCGAUCAUCAUCAGCCGUAUUACAACGUGUAAACAAAGAACCAUGGUCAAUGAAUUUACUUGAAUUAUAUGACAAUAUGUUACGUUUUAUCCAGAUUGAUAAUAAUGGUACAUCGUCAUCAAGUACAAUUUCUUUGGAAAAUGUUAUUAAACUAGAAUGUGAUCAAAUAGAUGGAGGUGGUCAAAUUCGUUUAUUAUUAUCAAAAAAAAGUCUCAAAAUGAAUCAACAUCGUUCAACAUCAUCAUUAAAAUUGAUGCGUGUUUACAUUAGAUUUAGACAAAUGACUGAGUACAAUUUUUGGUACACACAAUUAAAUAAAACAAUUCAACUAGCUAAAGAUCAAAGUUGGACACGUAAAAAUGAAUUAGUAUUAUAA